GAUGUGAAAUUAGGUAACUGGUAGUAUGUAGGUCUAGCUGGUUGGAGAAGCUUAGGGCCUGUUUGGCUGCCACCUAAAAACCUGUUAAUCUCAUUUUAGUUAAUUGUAACUAUGCAAUGGAGAUCCUAAUUGUUGGUCAUCAAGAUUUUUUUUAAUCACUACCAAAAAGAUAUAUGAUCUGUAAUAUAUAAUUAUGAUCAGAGGUUGAAUUCCCUAUGGAUGUGGUGACCAUGGGUGGUCUAUCCAAGCCAUUGUUCUGACGGCCCCCACCAUGAAUGGAUCAUUCCCAGAAUAUCCUCUCAAUUGGUCAACUCUAACCUUCCUGUCGUUGGCAUGCAAAUACGUUGUUAAAAAGAAAUGCACGAGCAAGCCACAUUCAAUGGAGGAAGGACCAAAUAUUCAAUGGCUCGGAUCCUCCAAUUAGGUAGUUUUGAGGGGAGUGGUCCAUCCAUGAUGGGGGCCGUCCAAUGAAUGACUUGGAUUGAUCAACGAUGGGCCCUGCAUCUACAAAACUAAGUUCCGAAAAGGGAAGUCCCCUGUUCUGAACGAAUAGGGAACUCAGCCUCUUAUGAUUAGCUAAAAUGAGAUAAACUCAUUUUUAAGUGGCACCCAUACUGGCCCUUUGAUUUUCAUUUAAAAUACAAUUUGUGGAAAUGCUGACCGUACACGCCUGUAUUAAGUUAUUGCCAACCGUUUAUUCCUUCCAUACAGUGGUUUUUUAGCUCCUCAUCACACUCAUACAACAAAAAGUAGUUAUGGUGGAAGAGAAUUUUUCAUGUUUCCCUAACGGUCCAUGGACCUGUUUUUAAUGAUACAGAUGGAAGUGGGAAUUCAUCAACGGAUCCAUUGUCGCAAGAGGUUCAGAAAGACAGUGAACACCCAUCUGAAUGCAUCAGCAGCCAUUUGACUGAGGCAAAUUACAUCACAUCUGAAGAAACUCAAUCAUCUAACAUCCAAUCAACUUCUACUGAUGUUACCCAGAGGCCCAUUUGGUCACAUGAAGCUUUAGAUCCUUCUUUAAGAUGCUCAGAAUCCUCUCGAGCUGAAUUCAUCACUGAAAAUAGAAAUUCGGUUUCUUCCACAUCUGGAGAAGACAGAACUCCUGGUUCUGAAAUGGAGAGUUCAAUCAAGAGAAAUCCAAGCAGUGUAAGGAAAAUGAUUACUGCAUUUGAAAGUAUAACUCAGGUAAUUCUAUCUCAGAUUUUUACACUCUAUGGGUACUUUGCAAAGAUUAUUUGUUUUACUUGAUUCCAAAAGACUUGUAUGAAAUCAGGAACUGAAAUCUCGGGUGGGCCCUUUGGAGAAACCCCAAAGAAGCAAAAUCAAGAUGGAGAGCUCUUCGAAGAGGCCAUGGGUACUAGAAGAAGCCAGCGCGAUUUCUAUUUUUACGGGAAGGCUUCCGGAUGCAAACUUGCAACAAAACCCAAAAUACCUAAAACCGCUUCAUGCAAAGAAAUUGGAAGAAACACCUCAUUCAAAUCUAGACACUGGAUCUGGAAGAAAAGACCCAUUUGGUUUGAAGAACGAGCAGUUGGAGCUGUUAGGAGUACGACAUGACCUGGUUGAAGAAACAAACUCAGAUAAAGACACUAGAGAGUCUAAUCACUGUUUGGGUAUAAAUGAUGGUGGAUUGAAAACUUGUAGAGAAGAUUCAGAUGAUGUAAGUAUCUCUGGAGCUUCAAAAGGAAAACAGGAACUGGUGAUAGACAAUGAAGUCCGACAGUGUCUCUUUGAGAGCCCUUGGAGCUGGAUAUUCCAAGAUGAAACAAGACGUCUAUGUAUUACAACUGGGAGUAAACAAAUGAGGAAUGUUGUUGAAGGAUAUAGCAUCUACACAGAAACACAAAAACAGCCAGGGGUGGUAAAUUUCUCCAGAACAGAAGAAGAGAGUAAGAUAUGUGGCAACACUCAUACUGAGGUUAAUAAAGAUGAUGCAGCUUCUUGUAAUUUGAGGAAACCGAAACUUAACAAUUCGGCGGAUAUUUCAAAGAUUGCUUGGGGAUUGAUUGAACAGGCGAUAAAGGUUGGGAUUUUAGUGGUGUGUGGAGCUAUUCUUUUCGGUACCAGGGAAAGAAAGACAAGGUAAAAGUAAAUGGGUGGCAGUGGUUGGAAGUUGGAAAUUAUGAAGCAAGAGCUGUAGCAAUGAGGCUGUACCUUGAGAAUUUCGUGCUGGAGAUAUGGUGGCUUUAUACAACACGCUAGAACAGUGAUAGCCGGGUCUGCUACUCCAAAUUCACCUUGUUCAGUUGAAAUUGAGGUUGACAUGUCAUUGGAAAUCUUCAACGGAGGAGAUUCUUAUCUAGCAAUAGCUGUAUUGGUUCAUGUAUUACAUACCCAGAAUUCUGAUUCAUCUUAACAUAUAUUUAUUUACAUUGUGUGCA